AAGCUUUUUCUCUGUGAACACACAUUCUAGCAUGAUAUUUCCCAAUGGCUCCGGCAUUAUAGCAAUGGGGUCCUACCAUUGAUUCUGUAGUUGGUAGAUUAAAAAGGAAAAGGAAAAGAAUCAGACAUCAACUUGCUCUACAUUAGAUUAAAAGAGAAGCAAGAAAAUGAAGCUGAAGAUAUAUGCAGAUAGAAGGUCCCAGCCAGCACGGGCAGUUCUUAUCUUCUGCAAGGUAAAUGGGAUAGACUUUGAGGAGAUCAACAUCGACCUAACCAAGCGUCAACAGUUAUCUCCUGAAUUCAAAGAGAUAAACCCUAUUGGGAAAGUACCAGCUAUAGUUGAUGGAAGAUUCAAGCUGUUUGAAAGUCAUGCAAUCCUUAGCUAUCUGGCUUGUGCAUUUCCUGGAGUUGCUGACCAUUGGUAUCCAGCUGAUCUUUUCAAGAGAGCAAAGAUUCAAUCAGUGUUGGAUUGGCAUCACUUAAAUUUACGACUGGGAGCACUUACAUAUGUUGUGAAUACUGCAAUGGCGCCUGCACUUGGUCUACCCCUGAAUCCACGAGCGGCAGCCAAAGGUGAAAAAAUUCUCUUCUCAUCGCUGUCAAAGAUAGAAUCCUUUUGGCUCAAGGGGAGUGGACGAUUUUUGGUUGGCAGCAACCAACCAUCCAUAGCAGAUCUAAGCCUUGUCUGUGAAAUAAUGCAACUGGAGCUUUUGGAUGAGAAGGAUCGGAAUCGAAUACUUGGUCCUUAUAGGAAAGUUCAACGAUGGAUUGAGAAUACAAGAAAUGCAACAAGGCCUCACUUUGAUGAAAUGCAUCAAGUCCUCUUUGAAUUUAAAGCAGAUCUGCAAAAACAACUGUCAAUGGGGGCAAUAAAUGAGAUGGAAUCAAGCUCGAAAACAGUAUAUCUCUCUAAGAUAUAGCAAUCUAUUUGAUGUUUAUGUUUGCCCAAGAAAAUGAAUAAAGCAUUUCUGGGUUUAUCCUGUGUAGAUUGAGCCAAAGAUCAUUGAAAUUUCGAAGCUACUUCAGAAAAAUAAUGUAUUCUCUGUUUACAUACCCUUUUCUCAAAUAAAGAAAUGCCAUUUAUCGCAAUCAAUGGCUUUGGUUUUU